AAAUAAUGGUGGGAGAAGAGGAGGAGCAAAACAGAGGAAAAAAACAAAAAGAAGAAGAAGAAGAUGAAAAAGCUUCUAUUUUGAUCAAGGAGAGUAGCUCUCAAAGUGCAUGCCCACUUACUUAACUCCUCCACUGCCCAGUGGUCUCAACUCCCUUCCUCUCUCUCUCUCUCUCUUCAAGAGCUUCUCUUUCUCUGAUUCUCAGCAUUUCAUCAAUCUCCUUCUACUUUUAGCCACAGAGAGAGACAGUUACAUAUCUCUCUGUGACCAGGAUUUUGGAGUUGUCUGAAUUUGCCCCAUGUGGGCUAGCAAGCUUGAUUGUCAUCUCUCUUGGUUGUUACCCAUGCCCCCAUGAAUAUAAACCAAGCAAGACUAUAGUUUCUUCUUCUAUCUGUGAAGACCCAGUGGUCCUUUCCUCGGUGUCCAACCAAGAAAGCACGGGAUCAAAAUGAUCGAGUCGUCCAACUCGGACCGCGAAACCAGCUCCAACUCGCUCUCUUCCCCACCAUCCUCCCCUUCCUCGCCCACGGGGUGGACUGACUCCUCCCUCAACUCGGUCCCAAAGCCCACGGGCCGCCGGAAUUCCGCCGGCCUGCCGACCGAGUCCGAUAAGAAGAUCAAGCGCCUCCGCGACGACUCGGGCAAGCACCCGGUGUAUCGCGGCGUGCGCAUGAGGAGCUGGGGCAAAUGGGUCUCCGAGAUCCGCGAGCCGCGGAAGAAAUCCCGCAUUUGGCUCGGGACGUUCCCGACGCCGGAGAUGGCAGCCCGCGCCCACGACGUGGCCGCCCUGAGCAUCAAAGGCAGCUCGGCGAUCCUCAACUUCCCCGAACUCGCCAGCUCACUGCCCCGGCCCGUCUCGCUCAGCCCGCGCGACGUGCAAGCGGCGGCGACAAAAGCAGCGCAGAUGGAUAAAUUUGACACGAUCACCGCGUCAACGGCGUCGUCAUCCUCACCACCAAGAAGUCCGUCGUCACCGCUAGCCUCGGCCAUGGAUCUGUCCGAGACCUCAGAGGAGCUGAGCGAAAUCAUCGAGCUGCCUAGUCUCGGGACGAGCUACGAGCUCACCAGGCCGAGCAGCGAGUUCGUGCUCGUCGACUCGGUGGACGGGUGGCUUUACCAUCCGCCGUGGCUGGGGGCGAGCUUCGAUGACGUGUCUGGUUAUGUGGGUGGAUGACGAUCCAAUGCCAGUGCCAGAGAGUCUGAUGCAUGAUGAAUCUACAGGUUUGUCGUGGGAUAAUUAUCGGCAGUGGUACGAAAUUUGUGAAUAAGCUGUCCAUGUAAAUCAUGUGCUUUGACUUAUUUACCUUUUUCUAUUUGCGUUCACAACAUGAUCGACUCGGCCAACCACAAAAUGCAAUAAUCACGAUAUAUCAAUCGAAUGUCUAACUCUGUUCAUGUUCGAAUUGUUGUUGGCCGAGUGUCUUUGACUCUGUGUGUGUAAUUAACUUGUUAAUUACUUCUUGUUCUUCGUCAU